AAUUGCGGAUUUUCAACGGCGGCUUUUUGGCGGCUGGGCUGGCCUUGCCUUGGCACCCGAGGGGCUCCGGUGGAGCGUGCCAGGUGGGACACCCUGUCCCUUGCCCUUCCCCUCCGCGGGCAGAGGCCGACUCGGCAGGAGCGAGGGUCGCAGAGCUGGUGGCCGGGUCCGCGGAGCUGUCCCGCGGGGUGAAGUCGCAGUGCUCCCCCCGGCUUCCAAGAGAGCGGAAGUGUCCCCAGUAGGCCGGCCUCGCCCUUAGCCGCCCUUUGGGCGGCUUUUGUACCUCAGGGGAUGUCAGUCUCGGCGACGUGCUGGCCCAGCUUUGAAGAAUGACUCGCGACGCCGGCGUGGGGGACAGCGUCAUCGCGGCACUUCACUGACCAUGGAUUCUUAUGAUAUCCCAGAAGUGACUCCCAGACGAAGUGCAUCCUCAAGGCUUAAAGAUCACUUUAUAGGUGCCACCCCUCUGCAAAAGCAGUCAGAAUCAGUCAAGAAGCUGACUUGAUUUGUCCCACCUUCACCUCAAAGGAAAAUUCCCCAAUGUUCACAGUUGCAGGAAGAUGUUGAUCCUCAAAAGGUUGCAUUCCUUCUACAUAAGCAAUGGACUUUGUACAGUUUAACUCCCCUGUAUGAGUUCUCCUACACUAAUCUCAAAGAGUACUCUAAAUUUCUGAGUGCAUUUAUUGUUGCUGAAAAGCAAAAAGGACUUGCUAUGGAAGUGGGAGAAGACUUGAACAUCAAAAUGAUUUUCUCUACUCUCCUAGGAAUGAAAGCAACACAAAGGGACCCUGAUGCAUUUCUCGUCCAGAUUCUGUCAAAAUCUCAAUUGCCAUCUGAGAACAGAGAUGGUAAAGUGUUGUGGACUGGUUGGUUCUGCUGUAUCUUUGGAGACAGUGUUCUGAAGACUGUUUCAGAAGACUUCACCAGUCUACCCUUAUUCCUUGCAAAUGAAGCAAAGACUAAUUCAGCCUUAAUUGGAACCUGGUUUCAGAAAUCUUUUGGCUGUCAUUUCAGUCCCUUAGCAAUCAAUGCGUUUAAUCUUUUCUGGAUGGUGGCUAUGUAGACUGCAUGCAAAAUGGACCAUUAUGUAGCUACUACUGAAUUUCUUUGGUCUAUAGUACCAUGUAGCCCUCAAAGUCUGGAUAUUUCUUAUGCCAUACAUCCGAAGGAUGCAAAAGCUUUGUAGGACAGUGUCGACAAAGCCUCUGGGAGAGUUUCCCAUCAGGAAGUUGACUUGUUCAUAGACUGCCUUUGUUCACAUUUCCAAAGGCAUUUCAAAAUUCACUUAUCAGCCACAAGAUUUGUUCAUGUAUCAACAUCUGUAGCUUCAGCACACACUAAUGGAAAAAUAAAGAUUCUGUGUCAUAAAUGCCUUAUUGGAGUGUUGUCAUAUUUGACAGAACAGGCAAUUUUUCUAAUUGAGUGAGGCCUUGUGGGGAUC